AAUACACGCUCAUGUUUGUUGAGGAUUCAGGUUCGAUUCUUGGGAAAAGCAUAUUUUUGAUCCAUAAGAUUUUGUAUGAUAGAAGCAGUUUUGGGGAAAGAGUUAGAAAAAAAAAAAAAAACUCGAAGGAAGUUGAAUCCGAUUAUGAAACGAGGAUUGAAAGCUGUCGAAGAUGGUGGUUUGGUGAAGAUCCUCCAAUUUGAAAUUCGUCACGAAAUCUCUCACCCUCGUUUCCAGGGUGCUGAGACUGGUUCUCUUGGAGAUUUCAAGCUGGAUUGGGAUUCCCCUGAGAGCCAAGAUGUUGUUCUGAGGAGAGAGUUUGAUUCAGGCGAGGAGGUUGUGGUCUCUGCUUUACUGAAGCGAGAACCAAUAAUAAUAGAAGAUGAUGAUGAUCUAGUGUUUCCUAGGGAAGCUCUUGCCAAAGUGUGUAUCAAAAAGCCUGGACUCAGCUCUAUCUUGCACUUUGGUUGCCGCGUUUUCGAAACAGGAUCUGGACGUUCUGAUUUCGCCGUCGAGAGAGCCUGCUUUACUCGCUCUUUAGUGUCUGCUUCUUCUUCUACUUAUAGGGAUAACUCCUCAGGCCAGUGGAUUUUACACUAAGUGAUGAACUAGAGCGAUAUCUAAUAUCCAAGGGAAUAAGUGAAGACCUAACCAAUUUCCUCUUGUGUCACCUGAACAAGAAGGAGCAGGAUCAGUAUGUUAACUGGUUACGCAAGCUUGAAUCAACAAUGUCACAUUCUCCAAGCCCAAAGCCUUGAGUGUGUUUGCCCCAUAAGCUUAUUUCUUUUCACCUUUUUUUGUUUUUGUUGUAAUUUUGGAACGAUCUUGCAAUGGUAAAAUGGCUUAGGAGUAGCAUUAUUAGCUAAAAGAGAGUCCUUGCAAUUGGAUGUUUUUGAGGGAGGGAAUAUUUUUAUUGACAAAAUACAUGUUAGCUGUUGUAUACUAUUUCCAACAAAUGGGACCCGAAAUCCGUAUGCUUUUGGAUAUUCAAGCAAGCUUGGUUUGAGCUUUGAUCAUUUACAGAA